AUGGCCACGAUCCUGCAAUACUCUCCUCGCCAUACCAUGGAGCGCGCUCUUUACCCCUCGCCCAACCCCGCCCUCUAUCCCCAUGCUGGAUAUGCGGAGUCAUCGACCUUGCCGCCAAUCCAAUACCACCCCCACCCACAUCGGCAUUCGAUGCACUGGCCCGUACCACCUCACGCGCCCAUCUCUCCGCCCUUGUCCACCUUUGGUCCGCCACCCGCCUCUCGCCUUCGACACUCCUACCCACCCAUGUCGCCCAUGCCAUCCGUAUUCGCUGCGCCUACGCCUGCGCCACUCGGCCCGCCUCCACUGGCUAAACUCCCCUCGACCUCGACCUCCCCACUGUUCGGCCAUCCCCCAUCCCCUCACCAACCCACCUACCACCCCUCGCGAUCGCCUCUCCCAUACCCAUCUCACAACCACAGACCAAGCGUCUCGUACCCCCCAGAAUCCCGAGCAGACCACUACCCUUACACGCAACCCCACCCGACAUCUCACUACCCCUACUACCACCCUCACUCGCAACUCGCCACCGGAUCACGAAGCAGCAUGUCUGAAGUCGAAGGCGAAGAUGAGUUCAUGGUGCACCAGACCAAGGGGUCUGGAGGAGCCAGCGGAGGAGGCGCAUCAGGCAAGAAGAAGAAGGGAAAGUCUGUAAGAGAGGACCGGUGA